CACCAUGUUCCCAUGGACCAUUUAUUUACUUCUUUGCUUAUUUAGGUUUUGUUGUUAUUGUUGUUAAUAUGUAAAUGACUUUUAUUGUAUUGGAUAAAAAGUUAUAUGUGGUUGUUUCAAGUGACAUAGCAUGUAUUCUUCUUGGAUAUGACCUGAGUUCACAUAUCAGUAUCAAAGUUUGUAGGUUUAUAAUCACCUGCUACUCCAGAUCCUGGAGAUCUAACACCCUAUUUUUCUGUAUGCCACCUUUAUACACAUGGAACACAUUCUCUCACACACACAAACAUUCAUAAAAUGUGGGGAAAAACUUUUUUCAAAUGUUCUUGUGACUCAUAAGCAAUUAGAGCAAAACAAGUUGCUUUAGGUGUGUAAUUCAAAUCAUAUAUUCUUUCUUUAAAUAUCUGUUAUCUUGCAUUUGAUUUGGAAUAGUUUUUAUUUCCUCAGCCUGAAGAAAUGAAAUUUUCUUUAUGAUAAGAGAAUGAGAUACUUUUAGUAAUCAAAUCUAUUUUCUACAAAGUUAAAACAUCAGAAGGCUUCAAGUGAAUCUGUCCAAUUCUGUUGGUACAGCCAUCCUCAAAAUUCAAUUUUCUAUUAUUAACAAAGAAAAAGUACUCAAGUAUACAGGAUGAGUGUUGGACAGUGAUUUCUUGUGGUUAAAUUUAGAAUAGAAUCUUGUAGUUCUUGCUUAAGAGAUUGUGAUACCUAUAUGUAGGUAUGUCUUUUUUGUCUUGUUUGGUCAGUGGUACCAUUUGUAUUGACUUUAUUAAUUGUCAUCUAAAUUUAUUGUUGUUUCUCUGGAAAAUGAUGGAACUUCACCAUUUUUUUAAAUGUACUAUAUUAUGUUUUGAGUUCCUUGUGCUUUGGUUGGUUUGGGGAAUUUCUGGGGACAGACAGCUUUAGUUUUCUCUUCUUGAUCUUAGAGAUUCACUUCUCGUUUCUCAAUAUAUCUGUGUUGUCCAGUUGUUGCAAUCUUCAUGUUUGGAUUUUUUUUGCUGCUUUAGUGCUUGAUAUGGUUAAUUCAUUAUUUUUGUGUUUUUAAAACUUUCUCAUGUAUUAUUGUGUCUUUGCCUUAACUAGCUUCAGCUGUCAAAAUUAUGUAGCCUGGAGUCAUCUGAGGGAACAUCAAUUGAGGCUAUGUCUAGAUCAGAAUUGCUAGUUACUGUGUCUUUGAGAAACUGUGUUGACUGAUGAUUGAUGUGGAAAGAAUCUUCUACUUAGGUUGCAAUACCCUAAUCAUGUGAGCCUGAGAUGGAUUACAAAGCUAGCUGAGCACAAGACAGUGACCAAUAAGAGCAUCUUGCUUGGGUUAUGAGCAUCUAUAGACUCAACCCAUUUCCUCUUCUUGAUUUCAAUUGUGUUGUGGUUGAAACUCAUCAGCUAGCAUCCUUCUUGUGCUAUAAUGCCAUCACCACCAUUAUAGACUAUGUGUAAAUCACAUAAGAUACAAUAGAAGAAAUUGAUAUUCAAUGCUAAGGCAGUUUGCUAGCCUACUGCUUUAAUUUUUUUGUUUGUUUUUGUUGACAAGAUUUGUCUGUGUAGCCCUGGCUAUCCUGAAAGUAGUUCUGUACACCCAGCUGUCCUUGAUAUCAGUGAUCCACUUGACUCUGGCUCACAAGUGCUAGGAUUAGAGGUGGCCUGAAAUUCCUGGCUUUUUUUGUUUUUAUAUUAUUGGGUGAUGGGCCUGGAAAGCAGGUUUUUUGUGUAUGUCAAGCGUAUGCUGUUGUAAUGAGCUUCAUCCUUAUCCUGAAUUUUGAAAUUUGGUAGAUGGUAUCAUUCUGUCUCCCAUGAUAACAUGUAUUCAUGACAUACUGCCUGAGACUUCUGUCAUUGGAUUUCAGGUACACAACAUUCUUCCUGCCUGUUGUGUUUGUUUUGAAAAUUUUUAAUGAAUAUGAGUAUUUUACGUUUAUGAACAGAUAUGCAUCACAUGGGUACCUGGUCAUCACAGUGAUAAAAAGAUGGUCUCAAAAACUGUGAACUAGGAAUAAUGGAUAGUCUUGAUCCCCUAUGUAAAUAUUGGCAAUUACCUCCACUUGUAUGCAAGACCAGCAUUCUUUAUUACAGAACCAUCUCUCCUGCCCCAUGUUGAUGAUUUAUUAUCAACAUUCAUACUGCUAAUGUUUUCAUCUGUUCAUUUGUAACUGUUUAAACAUGUGGUACCUUUUAGUAAGAUCUCAAUUGAUGUUACAGAUUAAAGUGGGGUAUUUCAGCUUUCUGGAAGAUGAAUACAGAAGCAGAAACUUCAGUAAAUAACCUCUAAGUUCUUCCUAUAUGUUUUGUUUGUUUGACUGAUUUUUGCACAGAAGAUGGAAUUCCAAUAUGGACUUCUGGCUCUCCAAGAACUGAUUGCAUAUAUUAGGCUAGCAUGCAACCCAGAAGCAGAUUUACCUGCCUCUGCUGCUGAGUGCUAUGGUUAAAGUCAUGAGCCAAUAUACCCAGCUUGUCCAUCUUAUUUUUCUUUUUUGUGCUUAGCAAAAUAAUUUUUCUUAUGUGUAGUCUGUGCUGUUGAUCUGUUUACUUGUUUCUCUAUGUUUGUUAAUAGACAUUUGUGUUGCAAGGUCAUAUCCCAUUCAUAGCAUACAGAAAUGACAGGGUUGAGCCUCCUAUUUAGUUUCAUUCCAGAGUUACUUGGUGAUCUGAAUAUAAUGUCUGUGUCAUGGAAUUAAAUGUGUGGAGCACUGCAAUUUUAUGAUUAUGCUGUCAAAGAGGUAUACACUUGCAAUGUUGUUAAUACCAUGCUUUCUGUUGUACAUAUGUAUGGGAUAUUUCAGAAUGCAGUGACCUAUGAUGAUGUGCACAUUGACUUCACUUGGGCAGAGUGGACUUUGCUGGAUCCUUCCCAGAAAAAUCUCUACAAAGAUGUGAUGCUGGAGACCUACAGGAACCUCACUACUAUAGGAUACAGCUGGGAAGACCAUGAUAUUGAAGAUCAUUGUAAGAGUUCUAGAAGACAUGAAAGGCAAGAAAGAAUUCAUAUUGGAGAGCAAUCUUCUGAACAUACUGAAUGUGUUAAAGCCUUUGCUCAUCACUAUACUCUUCACAGGCAUGAAAGAACAUAUACUGGAGUGAUGCCCUCUGAAUAUAAUCAAUGUGGUAAAGCCUUGGCAUAUCACAGUAAUCUUGAAAGGCAUAAAAAAGCACAAACUGGAGAAAAACCAUAUGAAUGUGAUCAGUGUGGUAAAUGUUUUGCAUAUUAUAGAAAUCUUCAAAUUCACAAAAUAACACAUAAUGGAGAGAAAUCCUAUGCAUGUAAUCAGGGUGGUAAAGCUUUUGCAUUGCAAAGAAGACUUCAAAUACAUAAGAGAACACAUGCUGGAGAGAAACCCAAUGAACGUACAUGGUUUGGUAAAGGCUUUUCACAACUCAGUGUUCUUCAAGUGUAUAAAAGAAUACAUACUGGAGAGAAACCCUAUAAAUGCCAUCAGUGUGGUAAGGACUUUGUAUGUCAAAGUCAUCUUCGAAUACAUAAAAGAACACAUACUGGAGAGAAGCCCUAUGAGUGUACUCAGUGUGGAAAUGCCUUUGCACUUCGAAGUAAUCUUCAAAGACAUAAAAGAACACAUACUGGGGAGAAACCAUAUGAAUGCAAUCAGUGUGGUAAAGCAUUUGAACGUCACAGUAGUCUUCAAAUGCACAAAAUAAUACAUACUGGAGAGAAACCCUAUGCAUGUAAUCAGUGUGGUAAAGCCUAUACACGUCACAGUGGUCUUCAAAUGCACAAAAGAACACAUAUUGGAGAGAAACCCUGUGAAUGCAAUCAGUGUGGUAAAGGAUUUAAUUAUCACAGCAGUCUCAGAAUACAUAAAAGAACACAUACUGGAGAGAAACCCUAUGAAUGUAAUUGGUGUGGUAAAGGCUUUUCACAACUCAAUCAUCUUCAAGUGCAUGAAAGAACACAUUCUGGGGAGAAACCCUAUGAAUGUAAUCAGUGUGGUAAGGACUUUGUAUGUCAAAGUCAUCUUCGAAUACAUAAAAGAACACAUACUGGAGAGAAGCCCUAUGAGUGUACUCAGUGUGGAAAUGCCUUUGCACUUCGAAGUAAUCUUCAAAGACAUAAAAGAACACAUACUGGGGAGAAACCAUAUGAAUGCAAUCAGUGUGGUAAAGCAUUUGAACGUCACAGUAGUCUUCAAAUGCACAAAAUAAUACAUACUGGAGAGAAACCCUAUGCAUGUAAUCAGUGUGGUAAAGCCUAUACACGUCACAGUGGUCUUCAAAUGCACAAAAGAACACAUACUGGAGAGAAACCCUGUGAAUGCAAUCAGUGUGGUAAAGGAUUUAAUUAUCACAGCAGUCUCAGAAUACAUAAAAGAACACAUACUGGAGAGAAACCCUAUGAAUGUAAUUGGUGUGGUAAAGGCUUUUCACAACUCAAUCAUCUUCAAGUGCAUGAAAGAACACAUUCUGGGGAGAAACCCUAUGAAUGUAAUCAGUGUGGUAAGGCCUUUGUAUGUCAAAGUCAUCUCCAAAUACAUAAAAGAAUACAUACUGGAGAGAAGCCCUAUGAAUGUACUCAAUGUGGAAAAAACUUUGCAUAUCAAAGUCAUCUUCAAAGGCAUACAAGAACACAUACUGGAGAGAAACCCUAUGCAUGUAAUCAGUGUGGUAAAGCCUUUGCCUGUUACAGUGGUCUUCAAAUGCACAAAAUAAUACAUACUGGAAAGAAACCCUAUGAAUGUAAUCAGUGCAGUAAAGUCUUUGUUCAUUACUCUUCUCUUCAAAGGCAUAAAAUAAUACAUACUUAAGAGAAACGCUGUGAAUGUACUCAGUAUAGGCUUUGCAUAUUAUAAUAAUCUCUGAGUACAUAAAAGAACAUACACUUGAGCAAAACUCUAUGAAGGUAAUAAGUGUGGUAAUGGUAUGUUUCAAUAGUAUACAAAAUCAUGAAUAAAAAUCAUACUGUAGAGAAAGCCUAUAAAUGUAGUCUGUGUGGUAAAAUUUUACACUUUCUACAAGAAUAAAAA